CAGUAAAUUGGGGAGUAAAUGGAGGACGGAGGGAACAUCUAAAACCACUAGCUUGCUCAAUACUCCAAGAUAACCCAAACAACACAGCAAGAAACAGCCCAAAAUACAUAAACCCCUCAUAAAUCUGACCACCUCAUUCUUCACAGCUGCCCUGUAGUGUGUGGAACUCGCUCCUCUCUCGCCUCUCCGUCUUCAUCACAAGUUUCUUCCAGGGUCUACAAAGAUGAAUCUAAACAAUGUUAACAUUCCCAAAAUGCCCGGUGGUGGUGCCGCGUCCGCUCUGAUCAAGUUCGGUCUUGUUGCUGGGAUUGGUGUAUACGGAGUUUCCAACAGUCUGUACAAUGUUGAUGGAGGGCACCGUGCCAUCGUCUUCAACCGUAUCAGUGGUAUCAAAGAAAAGGUCUACCCUGAAGGAACACACUUUAUGAUUCCAUGGCUUGAGAGACCAACCAUUUAUGAUGUUCGUGCAAGACCCAAUUUAGUAGAGAGCACAUCAGGAAGUCGUGAUCUUCAGAUGGUGAAAAUUGGUCUUCGUGUGUUAACACGUCCUAUACCAGACCAAUUGCCUACUAUAUAUAGGACUCUUGGGGAGAACUUUAAUGAAAGAGUGCUGCCUUCAAUCAUUCAUGAAACCUUGAAGGCCGUGGUUGCCCAGUAUAAUGCUAGCCAGCUUAUCACUCAAAGAGAGGCAGUGAGCAGAAAGAUACGCGAGAUUUUGACUCUGAGAGCGGCUAACUUCAACAUCGCAUUGGAUGAUGUGUCCAUUACUAGCCUGACUUUUGGGAGGGAAUUCACCGCCGCCAUUGAAGCAAAACAGGUUGCAGCUCAGGAAGCUGAGAAAGCGAAGUUCAUAGUUGAGAAGGCUGAACAAGAUAAGCGCAGUGCUAUUAUUAGGGCUCAGGGUGAAGCUAAGAGUGCACAGCUGAUUGGGCAAGCCAUAGCAAACAACCCAGCCUUCAUCACACUGAGGAAGAUUGAAGCAGCCCGAGAAAUCUCUCACACCAUAUCAAAUUCGUCCAACAGGGUGUACUUGAGUUCUGAUGAUUUGCUGCUCAACCUUCAAGAUAUGAACCUGGAUGGUGCUAAGAAUUGAGCAAAAAGUUUUCUUGUAGCAAACCUCCAAAGCUGAGAUAAACUGUUCAGUUUAGGUAUGCUUGCUUUUGCUGCUGGUUGUUGAGUGAUACUGGGAGAGAACACACUAAAUGUUACUACUGACUGUCAGAGUAAAACAAUGCAGACGUCUUUCUAUGUACUUUUUCUUAAUUCAGAAUGGCGAAGUUGUGAUCAAUAAUGGCAUCUUUGAUCAUUCACGUCAUAUUACAAGGUGAUGAUAUUGCAAAUUGAAAAAAAAACAAAUAUUUGAUGCCAACGUAAUGGGAAUUUUGAUCAGACUUUAGAUUUACAGUGCUGGUGAUUAAAUUUUAUUAAACGGCAUAUCAUAACAUUGUUUGCUCUGGUAAUAUUGCAGUCUUUAGCUUGCUUAAGCAUCUAAUAG